AUGUCUCAAAACACUCGUUUCCACCCUUAUGGCUCAUCGUCUCCGUCCCUCAACAAUCUCCUUGGCCAAACCGAGGCCUCGGGGACCUUGCGAGGGUUGAAUAAUCAAAACAAGCGAGGUGCUGGUGGUGAUAGUUCCCCAGAUGUCUUUAACGAUACAAUGGGAGGAGGCUCUUCUGGUUUGUUUCGUCGUGAACCGGCGCGUACUGAGACAAGCCCAAUCAACCCGAUCCUUGAAAAGAUCUUGCAAGAGCUUGGCAAUUUGUCCAACAAAGUCUCCCAAUUUGAGACGAUGUCCAGCCGGAUUGAUCAAUUAGCGGACGCUACAUCGAUCUUGUCGAACAAGGUGUACGAGGUUAACGACACGGUUUCCUCCGUGUCAUCUCGCCAACAAGUCGUCACCUUGUCCAACAAGGUUGAUCAACUUACUGCGACAUUGGCCGACUUGUCUGCUGGAUCCGACUCUCCAGCGACCUCUCCUGGUCUAGGGGCCAACCGAGUGCCCACCGCCACCCCAGCUGCUCCCUGGGCAGUCUCGAUUGCUUUAAAGGAGCGGGUUUAUCAGUUGGCCUACGCGCUUGUUGGCGAAGCUGGCCUCGAGGCUUAUACUGCCAUCCAGGUUGAUGGAAAUGUACUACAAAGAUCCCUUUUUAACACCAUCAAGCAAAGAGUUCAGGCCAUUGGUGGCCAAUGGGUAGUCCAACACCUACCUCCUACAAUCGAUGGGUUCCAGGAUGUUCCAGCUGGGAAGGUUUACAACAAAUUGGUCAAGGACGCUGGCAAGCAUGCAAGAGAGAAAAUGCAUCUCCUGGUUCUGACAAACAUUCGAAACCCACGAGAUCCGAGCCCAAUCACCGCCACUGUCCCAAACAUCAAGAAGCUUGUCCAUCGCAUUGCCGAUCAAUGCAACACUAACCCAGAAAGCCUGGACGCAGAUGCCCUAUGGAGCCAAUUGAGUUGGGGUCAUCGUCUGCGCGUGGCAUAUCUUCGUCGCGAAGCGAUGCGAGUCGUUCGGGGUGGUGGCAACAUUUGGGCACGUGUUGACCAACAACUGCGAAAGAUGCGCGAGCGUGGGCCACUUUACACUACGGCGUUCUAUAAACUGGUCUACAAUCAGGAUUGCGCUUUGUUUGAAGGAAAUGUUCGCUUCACGGACAUUCCUGCCCAAGUGAAUUUUGCAUUGCCCAGCGACGGGGAGGUCGAGGUGGAAAUGAACACCAUGGAACCCCAACCCGCCGCUGCUGAUGAAUGA